CGUUCGCACUUUGAAAACAGAGCUCAACCACCUCCGCCACGGUGACGGCAGACACCGUUAUCUUUUUUUCCCCCCCACUACACCUCAGUGACAGUAGCAAGUGGAAUAUUAUGCUACAGUUGCAAUUAGGGAACCACGCCUUCUGCUCUCUCCGCUGUCUGAAUUACAGUAUUUAUACCAUCCCCUGGGCUACUUAGCCCUGCGGUUCACUCGUUCACGCUGGUGUUUGCUGGCUGAAGUUGGCAGAGGAUUUUUUUUUCCCUCGAUAAAAUUAUCGCGAGAGCCCCCGGACCCAGGGGUUGUAUGGACCUACUGCGCCCCGGGUGUUACCGCUAAUCUGUGUGGGAGUAACAGCGGCGCGGUUCUGUAUUUCGGUCCUUAAACCAAGGGAGCGCACUCUCCUCUGAACAUGGCAAUGGAGUACCUCCCACGUUUUUAUUUCUUAUUUUUUUCAUUCAUACAGUUAAUUCAUUGUGUCCAGCCCAUCGACAGGAGUCAAGAACCAAUUCCAACAGAAAAAUUGCUUGUCCUCACUGUUGCCACGCGAGAGACCGAUGGCUUUCUCCGCUUCAUGCAGUCUGCAAAUUACUUCAAUUACACUGUGAAGGUGCUUGGCAUGGGAGAGGAAUGGAAGGGUGGGGACGUUGGGAGGUCAAUCGGUGGAGGACAGAAGGUGCGACUACUAAAGGAAGCCAUGGAGAGCUUGGCUGACCAAGAGGAUCUCGUAGUCUUGUCUGUGGACAGCUAUGAUGUUAUAUUUGCCGGAGGCCCAGAAGAAAUCCUGAAGAAGUUCCAGCAGGCCAAUCAUAAAGUCCUGUUUUCUGCCGAAGGGCUCGUAUGGCCGGAUAAGCGACUGGCUGACAAGUAUCCCACAAUCCGCAGUGGCAAGCGCUUCCUCAACUCAGGAGGAAUUAUCGGCUACGCCCCCUACGUGAACAAGAUCGUGCAGCAGUGGGACCUUCACGAGAAUGAUGACGAUCAGCUGUUUUACACCAAAAUCUACCUGGAUCCACUGCAGAGAGAGCAGCUGAACAUGACCCUGGAUCACAAGUGCACAAUCUUCCAGAACUUGAAUGGAGCGAUCGACGAGGUUCUGCUGAAAUUCGGGACGGAGCGGGUCCGAGUGAGGAAUACGGUGUACGACACUCUGCCCGUGGUCAUCCAUGGCAAUGGAAACACCAAAAUGUACUUGAACUUCUUGGGCAACUACAUCCCUAACGCUUGGAACUAUGAGCGUGGCUGUGGCGUGUGUGAUCAGGACACAGUGGAUUUAUCCCAGCUCAAAGAAUAUCCAAGCGUUACAGUUGGCGUAUUUAUCGAACAGCCGACUCCUUUCCUGCCAGAGUUUUUCCAGCGACUUCUGAACCUGGACUACCCGAAAGAUAAACUGACGGUUUUUAUCCAUAACAAUGAAGUUUACCACGAAAAGCACAUCCAAAAGUUUUGGGAGGAGAAUAAGAAUGUCUUCAAGAACUUUAAGGUUGUGGGCCCCGAGGAGGAGUUGAGCCAAGGGGAGGCCAGGAACAUGGGAAUGGAUUUCUGUCGCCAGGAUGCCGGAUGUGACUACUACCUCAGCAUUGAUGCGGACGUAGUGCUGACCAACAGGCAGACGAUCAAACUCCUCAUCGAGCAGAACAGGAAAAUAAUUGCUCCGCUCGUCAGUCGCCAUGGUAAACUGUGGUCGAAUUUCUGGGGAGCCCUGAGCUUGGACGGUUAUUACGCACGCUCCGAGGACUACAUUGACAUCGUUCAGGGGAAGCGUGUUGGUGUGUGGAAUAUUCCAUAUAUGGCCCAUAUAUACCUAAUAAAGGGUGAGACUUUGAGAAAAGAACUGAAGGAAAGGAACUAUUUUAUUCUGGAGAGACUGGAUCCGGAUAUGGCUUUGUGCAGAAGUGCCAGGGAGCUGACAAUACAAAGAGAAAAAGACUCCCCUUCUCCGGAAACAUUCCAUAUGCUCAGGCCCCCAAAGGGUGUUUUCAUGUACAUCACAAACCGUCAUGAGUUUGGAAGGUUACUUUCAACUGCUAACUACAAUACAUCACAUUAUAACAAUGACUUGUGGCAAAUAUUUGAAAAUCCUGUGGACUGGAAGGAGAAGUACAUCCAUCCCAACUAUACACGAAUCUUCACUGAGAAUCUCACAGAAGAGCCCUGUCCGGAUGUCUUCUGGUUCCCUGUGUUUUCUGAGAAAGCCUGUGAUGAGAUCGUGGAAGAGAUGGAAAACUAUGGCGUGUGGUCUGGCGGAAGACAUCAGGACAAACGCAUCUCGGGCGGUUACGAAAAUGUUCCGACGGACGACAUCCACAUGUCCCAAAUAGACUACGAGAAGGAAUGGCUGCACUUCAUCCGGGAAUUCAUUUCGCCAGUGACGCUGAAGGUCUUCUCUGGGUACUACACAAAGGGCUAUGCCUUGCUGAACUUUGUGGUCAAGUACAGUCCAGAUCGUCAGGCAUCUCUGAGGCCACACCAUGAUACCUCCACAUUCACCAUCAACAUUGCACUCAACAACAAAGGGACAGACUUUCAGGGAGGAGGCUGCCGAUUCCACCGGUACAACUGCUCUAUUGAGUCCCCGAGGAAAGGGUGGAGCUUCAUGCACCCUGGCAGACUGACCCACCUGCACGAAGGCCUGCCCACUACCAAAGGAACCCGCUACAUUGCAGUGUCCUUCAUCGACCCCUGAGCUGUGCCAUUGAAUCUAGUGUUUUCUCUGGUUUUUGUCAGUGCCUGUUUUAUUCGUUUUGUUUGCUUGUUUGUUGGUUUGGUUUUUUUUUUUUUGCUGCGUUUUACUGUUUUACUUGGACACAGACAAGACCACAAAGGAACUGUGGGAAAAAUCAAAUAAAUUCUGAUACUGUACUUUUACCCUUACUACCGUAAAACCUAGUGCCCAAAGGGAAAAUGACUGGAUGAUUCUGUUUACUGCAGUUAGGAGUUCAGGAGUUCAUGGACAUCGUCAUUCACAGUGCUCACCGUGUUCAUACUUCAUGUUCUGAUCCAUCAUAUUCGGUCAAAUUACCAUUGCUCUCCCAUCUGGCAUCGCUGAUCAGCCUCUCUGCUGUUGAACAUUCCUCAACAGUUUCUGUUUGUUGAAGUCUUAUUAGCGUUUGUUCAUUGUUGGAGUUUUUUUUUUCAUGUUUGUCUGACAUUUGCUCACCUCUAUUAAAAUGCUGUCAUCAGAAAUUGAUUUUAAAGAUUAUUUUAUGCGUCAACAAUCACUUUUACGUUGACUGAUUAUAUA